AUGAAGGUUCUGGUUGUCGGCGGCGGCCUCACUGGUGGAAUGAUUUCAUAUUUUUUGAGAGGAGUGAAGCAGUUCAAAAUUACUUGCUGGGAAAAGUCUCGAGGAUUGGGAGGAAGAGCAGCCACAAAAAGAUCCAACAAAAUCUCCGGUUGCCAAGCUGAUACUGGUCUCCAGUACCUAACCCGAUAUGAGAAGAGCGCGAGGCAUGAUAAUUUAUACGAUUUUCUUUCCGGAAAAGGCUUGAUUUCAAAACUCGAUGUGAAGGACAUUUCUCACAUGAAAAGCGGAUCUGAAAAGAUGCAACACUACAAAGCUGUAAAUGGCAGCAACACCAUCGCGAAGACUCUCUGGGAAGAAUCAAAUGCGGAAGUCAUGAAAUUGCAAAAGCUGAAAUCACUUGAUUACUCAGAAGAUGGAGUUGUUGCCGAGAAUGAAAAAGGCGAAAAGGAAAAAUUCGACCUCGUCCUAUUGACGAUUCCUGUGCCGCAAAUUAUCAGGGACAUUUCAUUCACUCCUCCGAUCGAGAAAAAUGCAAGAGAGCAGCUUGAAAAGGUCAAAUUCUCAUCCCGAUUCGCGCUGGUCUACUUUUUUGGCGACAACUACGAUAUUGACAGUAGAGUCGCAGGAAGUUACGCAGCGAACAAGGAUGAUCCAAUCGUUUACUGGCACAUUGAUGAGGCGAAAAGAUUCGGAAUGGACACAGAGAAGAAUUUCCGGACAAUUAUGUUUCACUUCAAAAAGGGGCUUUAUUGCGAUUUAACUCCUGCAGAAGCCCUUCCGAAACUUCAGGAACAUGUAGCCCAGAGCUUUCCAAAACUACCCACCCCGGCCGAAGCAGUCCCCCAUCGUUGGCUAUUUAGCCAAGUUGAUGAGAAAUUUCCAGGAUCAGAGGGAUAUUUGUCCCUGAAUGACCAGAUAAUAAUUUGCGGCGACUCGUUUGGAACUCGAGGAAACUUCGAUGGAUGCGCCGAGUCUGCAAGUCAAACAGCUGAUCAUAUUCUUUCAUUACUGCCAAAAGAAGCUGAAAUUUCAACGGAAAAGGAUAAAUAA